AUGUCAACCCCACCCCCCUUCACCGGCAAAACAAUCGCCAUCACAGGCGCCGCAUCCGGCAUCGGCCUCGCAACAGCACACUACCUCGCCCGCAACGGCGCAUCCCUCUCCCUAGCCGAUAUAUCCGCCUCCGCGCUCGCCUCCGCCGCAUCCACGCUCUCCCUCACCCACAGCGCACCACUCAUAUACCGCGUCGUCGACGUCAGGGACGCAAGCGCCGUGAAUGAAUGGAUAGAUGCCACGCUGGAGAAGUUCGGGGCGCUGCACGGCGCUGUCAAUGCGGCGGGGACGAACGGGGGGAAUCCACCUGCUACGCCGAUCUGGGAUGUUGAUGAUGCGUUGUAUGCGCGGAUUACGGGGGUGAAUGUGACGGGGGUGUGGAAUUGUAUGCGUGCGCAGUUGCGGGCGAUGGGGUGUGGGAGGGAAACGGAGGUGGGGAUGCCGGGGGAGGGAAAGGGGAUGGAGGUCGCGGGGCAGAGGGGGUGUGUGGUGAAUGUGGCGAGUAUAGCGGGUGUAGCGGGGCGGGCGGGGAGUGCGGCGUACGCGGCGAGUAAGCAUGCGGUUGUUGGGAUGAGUAAGAGUGCGGCGAUGGAGGCGGGGGCGUGGGGAGUGCGGGUGAAUGUUGUUGCGCCGGGGUAUGUUGAUACGCCGAUGAUGGUGUAUAUCAGGGAUGAGGUUGAGAGGUUGAGUUUGAAGCGGGUUGGCAAGGCGGAGGAGAUUGCGGGGUUGAUUGGGUGGGUGUUGGGGGGUGAGGGCAGUGCGUAUGUUACUGGUGAAGUGUAUGGGAGUAUGGGUGGGUGGUUCUGA